CCGUUCACUCGCGCAGAUCGUACUGAUCAUGGUCUCCCGAGUUCUCACCUGGUGAAACAAUCAACUUGAGACUUUAAAGCCACGACAUUUCGGGAAGCACAACUGGGACACGCGGCCCCCGAGUUGGAAGCCACGCCCUCUUUUAUAUAGCCCCUCCCGCCGCGUCGUUAGCACCGCCCAUGCAGCGAGUGGAUUGGCUGGUUCUUGGGUUGCCCCGCCCCAUAGACGUUUGUGGGGGGGGGGCGUGGAUGAGCGGUGCCACGACCUCCAACUUCAGGAAGAGCGCGCGCAUGCGCAGUAGUUGUGAUUGCAGUCCACGCGCAGGGAGACGCACGUGAGACAAUGCCGUCCCCGGUGCUGGGCGCCCGCUGUGCUGCGCGGUUCGCGGCGGCGCUGCGCCUCCGGGCCUUCAUGGGGACGCGGGCCCCCCUCGCCGCGAGGGAGACCCCGGCGGUCUCAUGGGCCCCGGUGAAGAAGGCCGAGCCCUUCUGGAGGCCUCGGGUGCCGGGGCGGGAGAGCGUGCUGCGGGCGCCGGGAGUGAGCGAUCCGGCGAAGAUGAACCGCGAGCAGCUGCUCGAAGCCCUGGUGGCGGCGGUGGUUUACCGGAAAGAUCCCAUCCUGGCGAUUGGUAAACCUGCCGGACUUGGCGUGCACGAGUCCCAGACGGUGCCUGAACAGCUGGCGCUGGAGCCUCUGCUGCCUGAGCUGGCCCGACUGUUGGGGGUGUCUCCCGAUCUGCACCUGGUGAAGGCGCCCAGCAGGGACGUGUCCGGCGUGGUGCUGCUCUCCGUGUGCCACCACACCACCAAGGAGCUGGAGGCCGCGUUCUCUCGCUUGCGCCGUGCCAGGGAGCCCGCCAGCACCUACUGGGCUGUGACGGUCGGCACUCCCGAGCGCGGGGAGGGCGACAUCGACGUUCCGCUGGCGACUCGCAAGAUUGGCGAUCACCUGCUGGUUGUUCCAGUCCCACACCCAACCAAGGCCAGUCUGAAGAGGCAGGAGGUGAAGAAAGCGCUGACGCGCUACCGCGUGCUGUGCUCUGCGGCUGACUGCGCGCUCGUGGAGUUGCAGCCUGUUACCGCGUUCCGGGACCAGCUGCGCGUGCACCUCACCAUUGCACUGUGCGUCGCCGUGGGCGACCACGUGUACAGUGGGCGUGUCGGACGUGUCUUGGGCGUUCGCGUGCCCGUCGCCCCGGAGACCGCCCUUCCCCGUGCUCAGGUUCUAGACGAAGCAGUCCUGUGCAGGAUGCACGUGUCCCAGCCACAGGUGCACCGCCUGCCGCUCCACCUGCACUUGGCCGCGAUGCACCUGCCGCGCUACGGGCCCGCCCAGGAGGGCACGUGGCCCACCGAGGGCCCCUGGGCCAACUGGUUUGGGGGUGACGUCAUCCGGGCGCCGGCCCCGCCAUACUUCCUGCGCACGAUGGAGCUGCUGGGGCUGGAGAGGGGCGGCGCGAGUGAGGAGGGGUGAUCAGUGGAGGGGAGCACUUGUGACGGGGUGUGGGUGGUUCUUAUUAGUGGUACAAUGGUUAGCGUGCCACGCUACGAACCCGGCGACCUGAGUUCAAUUCCCACUCAUGACCAAUAACAGCGGUGAAUAUUUCAACCAGUCCUGGGCAUCCCCUAAAACGAGGACCUGGUACGGUGUGUCAACAUCACCACUAGGGAAACAAAGGCGACCAGCUCCAGCUUCCUGUUAAUCUCGUGGCUUCUGUGUGGCCACCCCCACUCUGAACCCAUCCCCUCUCUCCGCCAUCCGCUGUGAAUACAGACGCUGCUCCUCUUUGCAGCAGCCUUGAGUCCCUCAUGUAGCCCCCUCCCGAUCCUCAUCUUUCCUUACCCUUUGUUCCAGUUUCUCCUUUCCUUUCCCACCCUUUUCUUUCCCAUUCUUAAUUCCUAGGUGUGCUGCGGUAUGUUUUUAAUUCAUGAACAGACACAUAGACAAUGGAAGAAAACCGCCAUUAACAUAAAACAUAAACAUUGAAAUGAACAAAUCUUGACUUAAAAUUUUCAUGACUGCAGGAAUUCAUAUUCUUUCGGUCUUUCGGUAAAGUCAUGUAGAUAGGUUCAAAGAAAAUAACUAAAAAACUAUUACUUUUCGAUCGCAACACA